GCGGAGACAGGACUCAAAAGGGGGCGGAGCCGGAAGCCAAAACCCCGAGCCCCGCAAAACCCCAAAACCCUAAGCCCCCUUCCUCCGCCCCCCCGCCCAUCUCGCCGUGGCUUCCAGCGAUUGGAGGCGAAGACGCGGCCAUGGCGGCCCUCCUCAGGCGCGUGUCGCUGCGGCGCGCCUUCGCCGCCGCCGCUUCUUCUUCUUCUCACCCUGAGAGCUACACGCAAGGGAUCUGUGGCUCCACGUUUCAUUACAGAGAGUUCACAUCUAAAGCCAAAAAGAAGUCAAAGUCAAGUGGAACUGACUCUGGUGAGGAGAAUAUGUCGAAGAAAGACUUGGCAUUAUACCAGGCUAUCGACCAAAUAACAUCGGCAUUUGGGAAGGGGGCAAUAAUGUGGCUUGGGCGUUCACAAGGCCAUAGAGAUGUACCUGUAAUAUCCACUGGGUCUUUCGCAUUGGAUAUGGCUCUAGGAACUGGUGGGCUUCCAAAGGGGCGUGUCAUAGAGGUUUAUGGCCCAGAGGCUUCAGGCAAGACAACUCUUGCUCUACAUGUCAUUGCACAAGCACAAAAGAAUGGGGGUUACUGUGCCUUUGUAGAUGCAGAGCAUGCUUUGGAUCCAGCUCUUGCGGAGUCAAUUGGCGUUGACACUAACAAUUUACUUCUUUCUCAGCCAGACUGUGCUGAGCAGGCACUCAGUCUUGUGGACACACUGAUUCGAAGUGGAUCUGUUGAUGUUGUUGUAGUAGACAGUGUAGCAGCUCUUGUCCCAAAGACUGAGCUUGAUGGGGAGAUGGGUGACGCACAUGUUGCUCUUCAGGCUAGAUUGAUGAGCCAAGCUCUUCGUAAGCUGAGCCACUCCCUUUCACUUUCCCAGACAAUUCUGUUGUUUAUUAAUCAGACCAGGGCCAAGGUAGCCACAUUUGGAUUUGGGGGACCAACUGAGGUCACUUCUGGUGGCAACGCCUUGAAGUUUUAUGCUUCUGUUCGCUUGAACAUCAAGCGUAUUGGUUUGGUAAAGAAAGGCGAAGAGAGAUGUCCAUGUCUGCAUGAGGCCUAUUUAGCUGAACCACUACUAGACACCUCUACAAGCAUAAAUACAAUAGGUAGUCAAGUUGCUGUGAAGAUUGUGAAAAACAAGCAUGCCCCACCAUUCAAGACUGCACAGUUUGAGAUUGAAUUUGGAAAGGGGAUAUGCCGCAGUUCUGAGCUUGUUGAACUCGGAUUGAAGCGCAAACUUGUCCAAAAGACUGGUGGUGCAAUGUACACUUUCAACGACAUGAGUUUCCGUGGUAAAGAUAACCUCAAGGCUUACCUUACUGAAAACGAGUGUGUUGCAAAGGAUCUAGAGAUGAAACUAAGGAAAUUGAUGGAAACUGAAGCACCUAAAGAGCAGGAGGCUGAAGAUGGUUCCCUGAGUGAUUUGUCUGAAGAGAUUGUCGCACCUGAAACAGCGUCAGAAGAGGAUCUAGCAGCUGUAGUAGAAGCUUAAUCAGUUAUCUGAUCUACUGGUAAGUAACAUAAGCAAUUGUUCCACUAAAACAGUAUUUUGGUCAUGCAGCCAGCAGCAUGCAGUGCCGUGAUGAUCUCAUUAUAACAGCCUUCAGUUGCUACUGUGCUUGCAGUACAGUGUAACGUGAAAAGAAUUCGCCUUCUGUGAAAUCAUGCUGAGGAAGGUUGUCAGGGUGGGUGCCAGGGCGAGGUACUGUGGCUAUUUAACAUUGGUGAGUGGUGAGGAUCGGUGAUAUUUGAUGUACUCGUGUAUAUAUGCUGCAUAUCAUGAGGACUCCUUGUGUCACAGUCUAAUUCAGAAGCAUUCUGAAUCGAGUGCUGCUAGAAUUUUUAUUGUCU